GGGCUUCAGUACCAUCCUACUCGCUUUCUGAGAAACUGAAACUGAAGAGCUGAACAAAGCCUAUUUAACCUGUCCUCCUCACACAUCGUGUACUUCUUUCUUACUUCUCACCAUGAAACGUCUUGGAGCUCUGAUCCUGGUUUUGAGUUUGUCCACAGCAUGUGGAUUACAAUGCUACCUAUGUGGACUCUCUGACCCUCACUCCUGCACUGAUGUCUAUACUUGUCCUACUGGUAUGGACCAAUGUUUCAGGCUCACUGUAAGCGGUACCGUCACUAAGGGCUGCAUAAACAGUGCCUUAUGUGUCAGUCCUAUGAGCUGCUGUGAAGGGAACUUGUGCAACAGUGCUAUACCAACUGGUCCCAGUGCUAUGCUCCUGCUGGUGUCUUCAGCCAUAAUCACCGUCUUCCUCUGAAGCUCUGGAACAACUACACCUUAAUCAUGUUUUACUUUGUUCUUAACCAAAAAUUACAAUCCAGGAAUAUUUUUUUUAAAACUAACAAUGUAAAU